GAAGAAGAAGAAAGUACAACAGAACGUUUUCAUUUCUUCCAGCAUGGCGGCGGCCAGGAGGUUGAAACGUGUGGCGGCUUCUCAGCCGGGUUUUCUCUCUUUGAAAUCGUCCACACAGCCCGCAGACCUGCUCAGCAGUCGUAGGAAACGUGUAAGCAAGAAUAAGAAAAAGAACUGGAACAAACAUAGUGACAUACACGAUGUAGAAGAGUUUUUAGAAGACGUCAGACUGCAGGAGAGGACAACAGGGGGUCUUCUAUCUGAGAAAUCAGAUGAUACUUUGUUCUUUCUGGAUGUUGGAGAACAGAGAAAUACGGCAGCGAAAGCUGCAGAACCAGUCGAGGGGAAGGAGAAGAAGAAAGGGAAACAAUCACGACCUCUGAGGAUAGAUCUGAUCCUGCAGUCGGACUCCCUCGUCCCGCCUCCUAAAGAUGUGCUGGCUUACCAGCAGCCAAAUGCCAAGAAGCUCCGACGCAUUGCAGAGAAAGCUGAGCGGCUGGCAGCCAAAGCUGUGGUGACACAGCGGCACAAACGGCUGUUGAACAGACGUUCUGUCAUCAGGCCGACCAAGACGGCAGUGACAGACGCCAACAACAACCCUGACAGAGAUUAUUACGAUAUAUGGCAGCAAGAAUCCAAAGAUGUGGGUGACUCUUGGUACCUUCAACAGACUGGCAAGAAGCUUGUAAAGCGUCCAGAAAAGCUGAAUGAGAAACCGUCUGUGCUUCCUGCUGUGGAAGUCAUCGCUCCUGGAGGAUCCUACAACCCAGAUUUCUUCUCACAUCAGGCUUUGCUGCAGGAGGCCCAUGAGGUGGAGGUAAAGAAAAAAAAGGAAGAAGAGAAAGUAGAACGACAGCUGGCUUUCAACAAAGAUGACGCUGCUACAGAGGAGACAGUCUUCCAGGAGCAGGUAGAAGGCCUGGUGGAGGAGGAGGAGAACGAAGAAGAAAAUACUGUUGAUCAGCAAGCGGAGGACGUGCCAGUGGGAGCCAUCGCACAGGCAGAGAAGAAAAGUGAGAAACAGCGGAAAAAACAGAAAGCUGAGAAAAUUAAGGAGCAGCAGCAGCUGGCCAUCAAACGGCAGAUUGAGAAGCGGCAGCAGCUCUUCCAGCUUCGAUCCAUCAAGGCUUCCAUCAAAGAGAAGGAACAAAUUACUAUGAAGAGACGGGAGCAACGCAAAGCCAAGCAAGAAGCACAGAAAAGCCAACCCAGGCGUCUUGGAAGACUCAAGUUCCAAGCUCAGGAUCUGGAGGUUCAGUUGAGUGACGAGCUGGCUAACUCCCUUCUGCGACUUAAGCCAGAGGGCAGUGUUGUGAAGGACCGCUUUAAAAGCAUGCAGAAGAGGAACCUGAUUGAACCCAGAGAGAGAGCCAAGUUUAAGAGAAGACACAAGCUGAAAUAUGUGGAGAAAAGGGCUUUUAGGCAGAUCACUUAGUGCCUGACCACAGGGACUGGAGCUGUGUAUAUAACUGUUUCAGAUUUUUGCUGCAGUAAUAAUUUGCUACUGCUAAUAAACUGUCACUUGCUGAAAUGGAAUUCUCAUGUCUUCAUGUAUAAAUGCAAAGAGCUGGCAUGCGUUUCCUGCAUGG